GUUUCAUUUGACAAAGUGCUAGCAAUAGAAUAAUCUUCACCGCAGACGAACGUCAUCUCCUUCGAUUGCAUAACAACUGAAGUGUUCAGCAGACGUCGCUUCCAAGGCGUCCAUGAGGUGUCACAGAUCGCAGUGGCACACGUGCGCAUUAGCACAACUGUUUGGGGAUUCGUCCUCGUGACUUCGCCCAAGAUGAAAAACGGCUGGCAUCUGACUGUGGUGGUGUUCACGAUGUGUUCCUUAUUUGCUAGCCAUGUGGACGCAGCAAACGUGUUGGCUCUUUUCCCCCUGCCAGCCAGGAGUCACUGGUUUUCACUCAAACCGCUCAUAACUGGACUGUCCCAAAGAGGCCACAACAUCACACUGCUGAUUAGUGAAAUGGAGAAAGAUAUACCUGAAAACUGGGAUGUCAUAAGAAUUCCAGUGAUUUUUCCGGAUUUUGCAAAAAGUGAAAACACCAUGAAACUACAAUCUUCAGCUGGAGGUAUGAAGCUAUAUGAUGUCUUGGCGGACGCGGGCAUCGAUUUUUGUGGGAAAUUAUUCCAGCUGGAGUCUAUUCAGAAACUGAUCAACACAAAAGAGAAAAAGUUCGAUCUGCUUCUUAUUGAAUAUUUCAUGGACGAGUGUCUCCUUGGCUUGGCACACAAAUUUAGCGUUCCUGUGGUCGCUUUGUCUUCCUUCGGAGGGUUUCCCUUUACAGGAGAUGCAGUUGGUGAUCCGUAUACACCAUCAUAUGUUCCGGAUGUUGUGUACACAUAUACAGACCACAUGACUUUCUGGCAGCGGCUGCACAACUCUCUGUCAGUGGCGUAUGCAAGAUAUGUGUUCAAUUAUUACUACUGCCCGAAAAUUGAUGAAAUGAUGAAGCAGAAUUUCAAAGAUCAUACAAUGCCAAGUGUGUCAGCUUUGAUAGCUAAUGCGUCACUGCUGAUCGUCCAAAGCCACGUGAGCUUCGCAUACCCUCGACCCCACUUACCCAGCGUGAUUGAGACCGGGGGUAUGCACAUACAGCAACCACAGGCACUACCACAGGACCUGAAGAAGCUAAUGGACAACGCAAACGACGGCGUCAUUUUCUUCAGCAUGGGAUCUUUUGUAAGGAGUAGUGAUUUUCCCCAGGAGAGUGUUCAAGCUUUACUAACUGCUUUCUCUAAACUGAAACAACUGGUCCUGUGGAAAUGGGAGACGGACGCUAUGCCUGGGAAGCCAGAAAAUGUGCAUCUUGGCAAAUGGUUUCCACAGUCUGACUUGCUAGCUCACAAAAACAUGAAGCUCUUCGUCUCCCACGGAGGACUGCAGAGCAGUUUGGAAGCGACCGCUCGAGGUGUUCCCUUGAUCGGCAUACCAGUCGGAGCCGAGCAAGGUUAUAAUGUCCAAAGAAUUGUUCACUACGGUUACGGCGUCAAACUAGAUCUGCAGAACAUAACUAUCCAGUCUGUGGAAUGGGCUGUUCAUGAAGUUUUAAAUAACCCAAUAUACCGUGAGAAGGCAGUGCAGCGGUCCCGCCUGUUCUGGGACCGCCCAGAGAGCCCUGUGGAGACGGCCGUCUACUGGACAGAGUAUGUGCUGAGGCACCGGGGAGCCCCCCACCUGCGCAGCGCCGCCCUCGACCUCAGCUGGUACCAGUACCUCCUGCUGGACGUCGCUGCCCUGCUGCUGUCUGGAGCGCUCCUGGUGCUUAUAGUCGCUGUCGUGGCAGUCAGGACACUCUACAGGCUAAUCACCGCAAGAACUUCUGCCCCACACGAACAGAAGAAAAAGAAAACAACGAAGAAGGAGUGAAGGAGAAGUCUUAUCCUAGCGGUGCCGCAGCCGAAGAGACGCUACUCUCAGUGUAACAGGAUUAAUAACUGACAGUGCAAACAACGUGUCCAUGACGAUUUGCGACUCACGUUACAAAACCUGAUGUCAAGUCUCCGAGUGCUUUCACAUCUAGGUAACUCCCUGCUGCCCCAUCUCAUGUGUAUCGGUAUUAAUCGGUCGCUAGGCAAAUUCAAAGUACUCUAGUCGUUCACAAGAAAUGUGCUGGGAAUUCACACACAGAGAUCAUACUCGUUAGACUCUGAAGUGAUGAGUAGUUGGAAAGCUUCAUUAACUACAAUAAUGUUAUGGAAAUAUAUUGUACUGAAGUUAAUCUGUUUCUUCUUCUGUUGUCCUCAAGAUCUGAAGUGGAGACGGUGCAUGAGACAUACAGGGUGGUUUAUCUGUCCCUGUAGAUGUCGUUCUAUACAACCCACAGUGUUACAUAUGGCCUUAAAAAAACACCUACCAGAUUCUCAUAUUCUCUCGCUCGCUAUGCGCGUGCUAUUAGUCCUACAGAAAAAAAUGAAAUGGACCUUUUUGUAGGCAAUUUGAUUUAGUUAAAUAUCGGAAUGGGAUACGCGUUCACUGGAGACCACGGUUUUUCCAGAAAACGUACAAAAAUGAUCUUCAAACGCAGCUCACCCCCCUCCCCCCAACACACUCAUUCCUCAUCAGCUAGAAUUAAAGUGUGUUAUUCGUGGCACCCCCUCUUACCACUAUAUAAAAUUUUGCGACUACACGAACUGUUCACGAGACCGGGUGAAGUGGCGCAAUGAUUAGCACAUUGGACUCUCAUCGGCAGGAAGACGGUUCAACCGCCGGCCGAUGUGGCCGAGCGGCUCUAGGCGCUUCAGUCUGGAACCGCGCGACCGCUACGGUCGCAGGUUAGAAUCCUGCCUCGGGCAUGGAUGUGUGUGAUGUCCUUAGAUUAGUUAGGUUUAAGUAGUUCUAAGUUCUAGGGGACUGAUGA